CAUUUGUUUAUACUUGUUGCAAUGGCGACCAUCACUGAGCUCAAGUGUGCCGUGAGGGAAACACUGGAGUCCCGCGGUGUGCUGGGCCAGCUGAAAGCUCGUAUCCGGGCAGAGGUGUUCAGCGCCCUGGAUGACCAACGUGAACCUCGUCCACCGCUGUCCCACGAAAACCUGCUCAUCAACGAGCUCAUCCGGGAGUACCUGGAGUUCAAUAAGUACAAGUACACUGCGUCAGUACUGACAGCAGAGUCAGGCCAACCAGAAGUUCCCCUGGACAGACAGUUCCUAGCGAAUGAGAUGAGAGUCACAGAGGAUACAAGCUCCAAGUCUGUACCUCUUCUGUAUGGCUUGGUGUCCCAUUUCAUGAACAGCAGUGAUAAUGGAGGGAAGGUGUUUCUGCGGGGUACCUCUCUGCCAGCCGGUCCCACUGCCAGCAACACAGUACCAAGACCUGACGCCUAAAAUGUGACGCUGCACUGGAUACACACUGUGAACAAUAAGAUACUUUGACACUUGAAUGGCUUACAUGAAAUUGUACAGCAUCUUUUUGGCCUCUAUUGUAAAUAAACUGCAUUUGUGAUUACUUUACUUUACUUUACUACAGACAGUAUAUGAGUUCUUCUGAGCUGAUAACAUGCAGAAAGCCUUUGUAUUGUUUUUUGUAUGUUGCCAAUUGAUUCCAGGUUGCCUUUUUAUGUUUUAGUUUUAAUAUCUGGUUUUUAAAAGUGGCUUUAGCAUCAGAUUAAGUUGCACUGCUUGUAGUAAUCCUGUUCAGAGUGACAUAUUUCUUGUUCUUUCAGUAGUAACUGUUUAGAUUACAUUCCUUGAUAUUUUUUCUAUUUCAAUUUACAAAUGUUGGAUGUUGUUUCUGUCUUUUUAGAUAUUGAAAAUAAAAAGUUUUAUAUUUAUACACCGCUCUAAGAGUUGUUGAAGUGCUUAUUGGGUACCACAUGG